GCCAUGUGGCAUGAAAAGGAAGACCCAGGGGAAGUGUGGCCCAUCUAGGGGUGUGGCUACUGCAGUGAUCCAGCUGUAUCACUGAACUUCCCUGGCAUCAUAGAGUUAUAUUGUGCCAUUUAUGGAAAAACCCUCCCCGCUGCUCUUGGCUUUGACAGUAGGAAUCAGGUUAUAUAUGGUCUCUCAGUUUGAAGAUAUUUGUCAUUAAAAACCAGAACAUGGGCUCUGAGAUAGGGUCCUUUCCUGACCUAUUCUGGUAAAGUCUUUAUCCUCAGGAUGCAAGGAUACCACCCUCUUCCUUUGGAAAGUGUCGAAUCACAUGUAGAGCUCUAAGUAUUUCAGUUACUUUGGAGUGCAGAACCAUUUCAGGUAAGGCCAAAUAUUUUAAACAUUAGUAUAGGAAAUUAGAGGGCUCUUUAGUCUGUGUGUGCAUGAGAAGUAAAAUUGCACGAGAAGCAAUUUAUGUAAAAUUUCGCUUAGGAAACAUUGUUUUGGCAGGUUAGUAGUAUGGUGUGCAUUUCACAGAAAAUUCAGUGCCGUGAGUAUUACCUUUAGUUAAGCAUCUUAGAAAUAGUAGCUCUUUAUGUUUAUGGCUAAGUCAGAAAUACUACCCUCAAAUUCUAUGUGACCCUAGUUAUACUGUUGAGCAUUUCUGUGCCUCUGUGCCUUCAUCCUUGAAUCAGGGAUAAUAUACUUACCUCCUAAGGUUAUUGUAAGGAUUAAAUGCAUAUAGUAUAAAUAAAGAGCUGAGAACAAUGCAUGGCGUAAAGUGAUAGGUAUUAUUAUAUGCUUUUGUUGGCUGUUGAUUGAAGGUGUUAGCUGUUUUGGGGGUGUCCUUUGUUUUAAUAGAGUAACUUGGUACUGUGGAAAUAGCAUGAUUGUGAGCAAAAGAAUCAGAUGGUGGUGGCUGCAGACUUUGCUGUUCCCUUCUUGACUGUUGGUUAUAGCCAAUGCAGGGUAAGUUAUAAAGUCAAGAGCAGAGCCGUUUUCACAAUGGACAUUGCUUUGUGAUGUCUGUGAGCUUGAAUGUGAGAAUGAUUAUUUUAAUUCUCUAUGUAAGGAUUUUAAAGUAUUGGCUAUUCGGUAGCUUGAAAACUCUGUAAUCUCAAUGCUUUAAACUGAGAGUGGAAAAUCAAUAAAGCAAAAGCAUGAGACCACGCAGUGUAGAAUGAGUGUCUUUUCACCACGUAGGGAAAUCUGUAGUCCUAAGAAAAGAGGGAGUGAGAAUUCUGGCGAAAGGAUUGUGCUUCUGCACAAAGUGCAGGAUCCCAGGGUUCAGUACGGGCGCGAACCCUCCUGUGUGUUGACCACACUCCCACGGUUGCUUUUUCAGACAUGCUGAGGGGGACUCUACUGUGCGCGGUGCUCGGGCUUCUGCGCGCCCAGCCCUUCCCCUGUCCGCCAGCUUGCAAGUGUGUCUUCCGGGACGCCGCGCAGUGCUCGGGGGGCGACGUGGCGCGCAUCUCCGCGCUGGGCCUGCCCACCAACCUCACGCACAUCCUGCUCUUCGGAAUGGGCCGCGGCGUCCUGCAGAGCCACAGCUUCAGCGGCAUGACCGUCCUGCAGCGCCUCAUGAUCUCCGACAGCCACAUUUCCGCCGUUGCCCCGGGCACCUUCAAUGACCUGAUAAAACUGAAAACCCUUAGGCUGUCGCGCAACAAAAUCACGCAUCUUCCAGGUGCGCUGCUGGAUAAGAUGGUGCUCCUGGAGCAGUUGUUUUUGGACCACAAUGCGCUAAGGGGCAUUGACCAAAACAUGUUUCAGAAACUGGUUAACCUGCAGGAGCUCGCUCUGAACCAGAAUCAGCUCGAUUUCCUUCCUGCCAGUCUCUUCACGAAUCUGGAGAACCUGAAGUUGUUGGAUUUAUCGGGAAACAACCUGACCCACCUGCCCAAGGGGUUGCUUGGAGCACAGGCUAAGCUUGAGAGACUUCUGCUCCACUCGAACCGCCUUGUGUCUCUGGAUUCGGGGCUGUUGAACAGCCUGGGCGCCCUGACGGAGCUGCAGUUCCACCGAAAUCACAUCCGUUCCAUCGCACCCGGGGCCUUCGACCGGCUCCCAAACCUCAGUUCUUUGACGCUUUCGAGAAACCACCUUGCGUUUCUCCCCUCUGCGCUCUUUCUUCAUUCGCACAAUUUGACUCUGUUGACUCUGUUCGAGAACCCGCUGGCAGAGCUCCCGGGGGUGCUCUUCGGGGAGAUGGGGGGCCUGCAGGAGCUGUGGCUGAACCGCACCCAGCUGCGCACCCUGCCCGCCGCCGCCUUCCGCAACCUGAGCCGCCUGCGGUCCUUAGGGGUGACUCUGAGCCCGCGGCUGAGCGCGCUUCCGCAGGGCGCCUUCCAGGGCCUUGGCGAGCUCCAGGUGCUCGCCCUGCACUCCAACGGCCUGACCGCCCUCCCCGACGGCUUGCUGCGCGGCCUCGGCAAGCUGCGCCAGGUGUCCCUGCGCCGCAACAGGCUGCGCGCCCUGCCCCGUGCCCUCUUCCGCAAUCUCAGCAGCCUGGAGAGCGUCCAGCUCGACCACAACCAGCUGGAGACCCUGCCUGGCGACGUGUUUGGGGCUCUGCCCCGGCUGACGGAGGUCCUGUUGGGGCACAACUCCUGGCGCUGCGACUGUGGCCUGGGGCCCUUCCUGGGGUGGCUGCGGCAGCACCUAGGCCUCGUGGGCGGGGAAGAGCCCCCACGGUGCGCAGGCCCUGGGGCGCACGCCGGCCUGCCGCUCUGGGCCCUGCCGGGGGGUGACGCGGAGUGCCCGGGCCCCCGGGGCCCGCCUCCCCGCCCCGCUGCGGACAGCUCCUCGGAAGCCCCUGUCCACCCAGCCUUGGCUCCCAACAGCUCAGAACCCUGGGUGUGGGCCCAGCCGGUGACCACGGGCAAAGGUGAAGAUCAUAGCCCGUUCUGGGGGUUUUAUUUUCUGCUUUUAGCUGUUCAGGCCAUGAUCACCGUGAUCAUCGUGUUUGCUAUGAUUAAAAUUGGCCAACUCUUUCGAAAAUUAAUCAGAGAGAGAGCCCUUGGUUAAACCAAUGGGAAAAUCUUCUAAUUACUUAGAACCUGAGCAGAUGUGGCUCGGAGGGGAAUCCAGACCCGCCGCUGUCUUGCUCUCCCUCCCCUCCCCACUCCUCCUCUCUUCUUCCUCUUCGCUCUCACUGCCACGCCUUCCUUUCCCUCCUCCUCCUCUCCGCUCUGCGCUCUUCAUUCUCACAGGCCCGCAACCCCUCCUCUCUCUGUCCCCCGCCCGUUCCUCGAAACUAAGCUUUACGUUUGUAAACUGUGGUUGCCUGCCUUCCCCAGCUCCCACUGGGGUGUACGCUGACACUGCCGGGGGCGCUGGAUUGUGUUGGACCCAUCCUUGCCCCGCUGUGCCUGGCUUGGCGUCUGGUGGAGAGAGGGGCCUCUUCAGUGUCUACUAAGUAAGGGGACAGCUCCAGGCCGGGGCCUGUCUCCUGCACAGAGUAAGCCGGUAAAUGUUUGUGAAAUCAAUGCGUGGAUAAAGGAACACAUGCCAUCCAAGUGAUGAUGGCUUUUCCUGGAGGGAAAGGAUAGGCUGUUGCUCUAUCUAAUUUUUUGUUUUUGUUUUUGGACAGUCUAGCUCUGUGGCCCAGGCUGGCGUGCAGUGGGCCGUCUCAGUUCACUGCAGCCUCCGCCUCCCAGGUUCAAGUGAUUCUCAUGCCUCAGCUUUCUGAGUAGCUGGGAUUAGAGGCGUGUGCCACUACACCCGGCUAAUUUUUGUACUUUUUAAAGUAGAGACGGGGCUUUGCCAUAUUGGCCUGGCUGAUCUCAAACUCCUCGUCUUGAACUCCUGGCCACAAGUGAUCUGCCCGCCUUGGCCUCCCAAAGUGCUGGGAUUACAGGCGUAAGCCACUACACCUGGCCCUCUUUAUCGAAUUUUAUUUGAGAAGUAGAGCUCUUGCCAUUUUUUCCCUUGCCCCAUUUUUCUCACUUUAUGUCUCUCUGACCUAUGGGCUACUUGGGAGAGCACUGGACUCCAUUCAUGCAUGAGCAUUUUCAGGAUAAGCGACUUCUGUGAGGCUGAGAGAGGAAGAAAACACAGAGCCUUCCCUCCAGGUGCCCAGUGUAGGUCCAGCGUGUUUCCUGAGCCUCCUGUGAGUUUCCACUUGCUUUACAUCCAUGCAACAUGCCAUUUUGAAACUGGAUUGAUUUGCAUUUCCUGGAACUCUGCCACCUCAUUUUACAAGCAUUUAUGGAGCAGUUAACAUGUGACUGGUAUUCAUGAAUAUAAUGAUAAGCUUGAUUCUAGUUCAGCUGCUGUCACAGUCUCAUUUGUUCUUCCGACUGAAAGCGGUAAAACCUUUGUUGCUUUAAUUGAAUGUCUGUGCUUGUGAGAGGCAGUGGUUAAAACAGGGGCUGGCGAGUUGACAACUGUGGGUUCAAAUCCCAGCUCUACCACUUACUAACUGCAUGGGACUUUGGGUAAGACACCUGCUUACAUUCUCUAAGCCUUGGUUUCCUGAACCUUAAAACAGGAUAACAUAAUACCUGCUUCGUAGAGUUUUUGUGAGAAUUAAAGGCAAUAAAGCAUAUAAUGACUUAGCCCAGCGGCCUGCAGACAAUACAUGUUAAUGAAUGUUAGCUAUUAUUACUAAAGGAUGAGCAAUUAUUAUUGGCAUCAUGAUUUCUAAAGAAGAGCUUUGAGUUGCUAUUUUUCUCUGUGUAUAAGGGUAAGUCCGAACUUUCUCAUACUGGAGGUUACAUUCAAAUCAGUCUGUCUUCCCCUGCGGAUGGCCUCAGCCCUGGGUGGCCAGGCUCUGUGCUCACAGUCCAGAGCAAUGGAUCCUCCAACACCACCAGGUGGAUGUGGAGCAGGAGAGCUGGAUCGUGGCAUUUGUUUCUGGGUUCUGCAGCUGUGGGAGUUGGUUUCUGGGUUCUCCAUUGGUCUACUUGUCUAGUCCCAUACCAGACUCACGGUCUUCAUUAUUGGAGCUUUAAUAAUUUUUGGUAUAGGGUCAUCUCUCCACCUUGUUUUUCUUCUAUUCUUGGUUCUUUGCAAUUCUAUGAAUAUUUCAGGGUCAGCAUGUCAACUCCAUUGAAAAACCCUGCUGGGAUUUUAAUAGAACUUACAGCUCACGCCUGUAAUCCCAGCACUUUGGGAGGCUGAGGUGGGUGGAUCACAAGGUCAGGAGUUUGAGACCAGCCUGGCCAAGAUGGUGAAACCCCGUCUCUACUAAAAAUACAAAAAUUAGCUGGGUGCGGUGGCAGGUGCCUGUAAUCCCAGCUACUUGGGACACUGAGGCAGGAGAAUCACUUGAACCCGGGAGGCGGAGGUUGCAGUGAGCCGAGAUCGUGCCACUGUACUCUAGCCUGGGCGACAGAGCGAGACUCCAUCUCAAAAAAAAAAAAAAAAAAAAAAAAAUUGCAGUAAAUUUAAAACCAAUUUGGGGAAGAAUCUGUAUUUUUUACAAUACCUAGUGUUCUUGCCAGUAAGCAUGGUUCAUCUUCCCAUUUAUUUACGUCAUUUUAAAUCUUUCAGUGAUGUUUUAGAAUUUUUUUAAUAAAAACCUUCACUAUAAGAACAGAAAACCAA